AUGGAAAAAGGGAGUGACAACCGUAAGAAAUCGAAGAAUGGCGGCAAAGCGAGAAAUACGUAUGACGAUCUCAGAAGGGGCACUCAAGAGGAAGCCUGCGAAUUUCUAGUAGUUGAAAACAACAUUGGCUUCAUAAUCGGUAGGAAAGGAACUACAAUAAGUCAAAUACAAGAAAUUUCAGGGGCGAAGAUCAGUGCUCAGUCACAAAGAGGUCGCAAAGGAUUCGCUAUUCGUGGUAAUGAGAGGCAAAGGGCCCGUGCAAAAGAGUUAAUCAAUGAGAAAUUGGAAACUCUAUCAAGAAAUCAAAGCGUCCCUGGUCGACCGAUUGUGAUUCCAAAAAAGUUUGAGAAACUAGUAAGAGGACCAGAUGGAGACCAUCUUCUACAUGUUAGCACUAUGACUGGAGCUGCAGUAAGUUCAAUAGGACCCGAUCAUCGGCUGUAUGUAAGUGGAUCCAAGAGAAACACAAAGCAUGCCGAGUAUGUGAUAAAAAGCAGAAUGGCCGCGGGAAGAGUCAUGGCUAACAGAAUUUGCGUCUUUAUAGACGAUAAAAAUCUCCCGGAAGAUUGUGAAUUACAGCUUGUCCCUGUUGAGGAAAUGGAGCGCUUAAUACUUUCAGCAGGAAGUUCAUCACAGUAUCGCUUGAAACCUUGUGAAGAAUACGAUAUGGAUGUACAGGGAGCUUAUGCGCUCAAUCAAGCUGUCGCAAAAUAUGAUGCAUCCAUAAACGAAACAGUUUUAACAUCCUUAAGGAAAUUGAAAAUGGAAAUUGGGUCCGGAAAUUAUCACAAAGCUGACCUAUGGUGUCAUUUCGGGAAAAUCGUCAUUCGGGAACCAGACGAAGCCGACCUCGAGGAGACGUGGAGCAUUGCUGAUUCACUCAACAAGCUUCAAAGAACAGAACAGAAAAAAAACGAAUGGCUUGUGGCAUUUAAAGAGGGCGUGAACCUUGCUGACAAAGUG